UUUACGGGCGGGAAGAGUGAACGAGGCUGCGUGUCGAUAGUGGCUUUAAAAUCCUACACUUUUCUUUUAAUUCUCCCCGCCAGCCUGUCGUUUAAAACUUUUUAAAUGUUUCUACAAUUGCAAUUUGUGGUGGAUACACUUUAAACGGAACAUUACAGGCUCGUUUUUUGCGUUUGCGCGGCCACGGAGCAGAUGGAGGACCUUCCCGCAGAUUCUGGCGGCGGUGGCGGGGAUACAUCAAGGCUGGGCCCCGCGGUGCAGGUGUCGGAUAUCCGCUACACGUCUGGGACGCACCCCUGUCGGCUCCUCGAGUGGAAAGUCAAGCCUGGCUCUCACGUCAAUGUGGACUCCGUGUUGGCGCUCUGCGUCCCCAUCGUGGCGAACAAGCGGGCAGCGACGACCAGGGUCCCGGAGAAGAAGGUGAAGUCGGACCGCGCGGGGGUCGUCAAGGAGCUGUGCUGUCAGCCCGGACAGGUCAUCCAGCCUGGGGGUGUCAUCGUCAGAAUAUUAGGAUGCAACCACCCUAUAGUGAUGAAAGGCUUAUGUGCUGAAUGUGGACAAGACCUGACUCAGCUGCAGAGCACAAAUGGGAACCAGCAAACUCCCAUCUCCACGGCAACAGUCUCCAUGGUGCACAGUGUGCCCGAGUUGAUGGUCAGCUCUGAGCAAGCAGAGCAGCUUGGCCGGGAGGACCAGCAGAGGCUGCACCGCAACAAAAAACUGGUCCUGAUGGUGGACUUGGACCAGACGCUCAUUCACACCACCGAUCAACACUGCCAGCAGAUGUCAAAUAAGGGCAUUUUCCACUUCCAGCUGGGGCGAGGAGAGCCAAUGCUCCACACACGACUACGCCCACAUUGCAAGGAAUUCCUGGAGAAAAUUGCCAAAUUGUACGAGUUGCACGUCUUCACGUUCGGGAGUCGCCUUUAUGCACAUACAAUUGCGGGCUUUUUGGACCCUGAAACAAAGCUGUUCUCCCACCGCAUCCUUUCGAGAGACGAAUGCAUCGACCCCUAUUCCAAGACUGGGAAUCUUAGGAAUCUUUUCCCCUGUGGGGAUUCAAUGGUCUGCAUCAUUGAUGACCGCGAAGACGUAUGGAAGUUUGCACCCAACCUCAUCACUGUAAAGAAAUAUGUCUACUUCGAAGGCAUCGGGGACAUGAACGCACCGCCCGGCUCGCAGGAAGCUGUCACAGCCAAGAAAGGAAGCCCACCAUGUCGUCAGUCAGAGAGCACAGAACCAUCAGAGACCCCCCGUGCGGACGAGCACAAUAACGGCCUCAGGAAAAAGUCGGUAAACGAGGGCGCCGCGGCGUCUCUGCGCUCUCAGGGAGUCCCCACAAAUGAACGGACGCAUCCCGCCGGGCCUGUGCAGGACGAUGCGUUGUUAAGUAAACCAUCCGAGGCUGAUGACGAGGCAUCUGAGGCCACGCCGAAGAAAACUCAGGGCGGUGAUAGCCAAGAAACCAGCAAAGAGGAGAGUGUUAGCAGGACAGGUGAUGCACAGGACAGUGCAAACUCUUUAACAGCAAAAGGUGACUCCAAUAAUCUAGACUUUGACCUUUCCAGUGACAGCGACAGCGAGUCCGUAAGAGACAAGACGGUGGCGGACGGUGACAGUGGUGUCAGCCAAGCAAAGACGUCUGAGCACGAAGGAACCUCCCAAGAUGACCAAGAAGAGACAAAAGAUAAAGCUCAAAGCGAGUCACAAACAAAUUCUGAUGUUCUUCUCCCCGAGCUUGGGAACGGCUGCUCAGACAGGAGGGAACCGGAAACCGAGUCGCAGAAUAGCGAACAAUCUGGGGUGACCAUGGGGGAGGAGCUCCUGGACCAGAGCAUGGAGGACGAGGAGGACGAGGAAGCGGACCACGACCAGGAUGAUCACCUCAUCUACCUGGAGGAAGUGCUGGAGAGGAUCCACACAGAGUACUACGCCCGCUAUGAGUCCUUCCUGAAGAAGGAGGCGCCCGACACGCCGGACAUUCGCAAGAUUGUUCCUGAGCUAAAGAGCAAGACCUUGGAAGGCACCACCUUAGUAUUCAGUGGCUUGUAUCCAACCAACUACACGUUUGAGAGGACUCGGGAGUACUACCACACCAAGGCACUGGGAGCAAAGAUCGGCAAGAAUUUGGUUCUUAACUCGCAGGAACCCAAUGUAACAACGCAUCUCAUUGCAGCAAAAUCUGGCACGGAGAAGGUCCGUCAGGCGUUGGGGUGCCAGCAUCUUCACGUGGUUAACCCUGAUUGGCUGUGGAGUUGCCUGGAGCGCUGGGAGAGGGUGGAGGAGUCGCUCUUCCCUCUAAAGGAGGACUACUCCAAGCAGACACGGAGCAACAGCCCAGCGGCUUUCCAAUGGGACACCCGGCAGCAGCCUCAUUUCCAACACCCCGCUCCAAUUCAACACAAACCUCCGCCACCACCUCCCGAGGUGCGAACCUACGACCCCAUCACCGGGAAGCUGAUUCGCAGGGCCCCUCGGGCAUUGCCGUCAGCGCCUUACCUCCAGACGUCGGGACCUUCUCUGUCUGAUCAACAAGAGCAGACGUACCUCAGGAGAACGCCAAAUAGUCAACAAGACGUGGCAGCGGGGCCCAGCCAGGAUGACAAGUCAUUAGGGCCAGCGCGUCGAGAGCGUCAGCCGAGCAUGUCAGAAACGAUGCCGCUAUACACGCUUUGCAAAGAGGAUCUAGAGAGCAUGGAUAAAGAGGUGGAUGACAUCCUUGGCGAGGAGAGCGACAACGAGAGUGAGGGACGAGGGAAAGAGAAAGCUGGUAAUGAGGAAGUAGAGGAAGAACAGCGGCAAGGAGCUGGACCCCUAACAGGAGGAAGAGGAGGAGGUCCUCAGGAGCUGACACUGGAUGAACAGGUCCAAGCGACAUCCAGUGGGACUACCGUGUCAAGGGGCCUCAAGCGAAGGCACGAUGAUGUCAUGGAAGAUGAGGACAAGACUGACGAGUCCUCUAAAGAAGAAGAGGAGGAGGAUGGCAGUUCCUCAGAGGCUGACGAGAUGGCAGCGGCGUUGGAGGCGGAGCUUAAUGACUUUAUGUGACGUGGGACGCUGACAAGCUGUAAUUAUUAUUAAAAGAAGAAUGAAUGUCCUGUACAGUAUUGCUGUGUUUCGUAGCGUUAAUAUUUGUCAUGAUCGCCCUCUCUUUUUUUUUCAGGCGGGCGUCAAUUAUUUUAUUGUGAAGAAAAUAAAUGGUAGGGGGAAAAAAAUGAAUAUACUUUUAACUUUUUGUAAUUAUUUAUUUAGAAUAAAGUGGCGAUAAACCUUCUAAAUGUGUCCGCUCAUGCCAAAGAAUUUGAAGUUGUGCAGCUAAAUUUCACUUUUUUGACUUCUCACAUCAUUUUGUACAUACAGUAGAGGACGAUGUCAUGUGAUUUUUAUUUUAUUUUUAAACACGCUUUUCGUGCACUUUGACCUUUUAACUCAAUCCGACCUUCUUGUUGUUCUCAGCUUUUUUUGGACAAAUUACACUGGAGCCAAUCAUCUUUCAUACUUGGUGGUUUUAAAAGCGACAUUCUUCGCAGCAGCUUCUACCGCUGGAAGGAAGUGAGGUACAAAUUGACUAUUUGAAGUGAAAAUAUGAACAUUAUUAAGAGGUUGUUUUUUUUUUACUACACCUGUUAGCACUGAUUUGAUGUACCUUUAUUUGCUAAAUCCUUGUGAUGUAUUUUUACCACAAAUAGGUGUCUUAAUGAAUGGUAAAAUGCAUAUUUGUGCUUAACAUUUUUGACCUCGGGGCCCAACUUUGCCACUACAGAGGGACCCACUCAAAUAUUAACUCUGAAAUAGUAAUCUUACUUUUGAUUUUAAUCAUAUUCAAUAAUUAUAUCUAACCGACUUACAGUAAAACAGGAUGAACCUUGUCAACCGAUGUGAAACCAUGUGUUAAUCACACAGAUUGUUAUUAAGGCUUAGGUCAGGCUGAUUGCAAAAAUACAUAUCAAAUGUGCUGCAAAAGAAAAAUAAAUACACAUUCAUUUUUGCAGUGCUAAAAUGAAUAAAUUCUUACUAAUUUAAUGAUAAAUAUUAAUAAUAUACAUGAUUCGUAACUAAACUGUCAAUAAAAUUUAAGUGCAAAUGAAAAUACAGCUUGACCACUUUUGUCAUAUUUUUUGCGCUUCAGAAACUUCACUACGACUUUAGCUCCAGACUUCUUCUGUUUGUUUAAUACUCUCAUCACUGCCACAAGUGGUGGAAAAGUGUAUUACAACUAAGUACUUUUUAUUUUUUAUUUUUAUUUAUUUUUUUUUUUUUAUGGGCGGCCUUCUAGUGGUUAAAAAACACUGCACUGAGCAACAUACAGUAUAUAUAUAUAAAAAAAAGAUAAUUCAAAUGUAUCUUUAUUUUAAAGCUGUGUAGCAAGAGUCCCUGAAAAACAUAUUUACAACAAAACAUUCUAGGAGGUCUGAAAUAAUGUUUGUAUAAAGAAAUCAGCUUAAAUUAAAAAAAAAAAAAAUUAUAUAUAGACAUUUUGUUUUGAAAGGUGCCCUCAUUGAGCUACAUCAGAAAUAAUCAUGUUGGGGUUAUCAUAUUUUUCAUUUUCACAUCAACCUUCUCCUGGCUCCAGUGUUAAAUACAGCUGUCAUUUCACGUUCUUAUUUCACUUUGUACUCGUGUUUUGUUGUGUUUUUUAGUCACAAACAAAUAGAUUAGAUAUACCAAGAGAGCUACUUUGU